UCGCCGCUUCCUCCCGAGACACUCAGCCCAUCAUGCGAUUCAACCUGCUCGUGCUUCUGGUGGCCCUCAUCGCCGCCACCUGCUCGCUGGCCCUCAGCACCGAGGAAAAGGAGUCGCGCAAGUCCGCCGCCGAGGCCGCCGACCUGGAAAUCGACUUUAUCGACCAUGACAAGGUCAAUGCCACCCUCCACAACGGCAAGGGCAUUACUGCUCUGAUGUUCGGCGCCAAGUGGUGCGCUUUCACCCAGCGAUUCACUCCCAAGUGGCUCGAGGUCCAGAAGGCCGUCAAGGCCCAGGGCAUCGACAAGGGCAACUUCCAGAUGUUCAAGGUCGAGUGCAGCAUCGACGAGCCCUUCUGCACGGUCCAAUACAACAUUGCCGGCUAUCCCACUGUCCUCUUCUACCGCGACGGCCUUCUCCAGGGCGAAUAUCCCGACGACGAUGAGCCCGAGGUUCUGUUGAGAUACAUUAAGAAGCAGGUCAGCAGCUACGACGCUGCUGUUUCCUCCUCGGCCGCCGCUGCUGCCGCUCGUGCCACUUCCACCGCCGCCCUCUUGCCCUCGGCUCCCGCUCCCCAGCAGCUCGAGGCUGUCACCGAUGCCCCCAAGUCCGCUGCCGCUCCCUUGGCUUCUGCUACUCAGGCCCAGGCCUCGACUGCUGACAAGUCCUUCGUUGCCGAGAACAACAACAGCGGCUCUGCCAACACCACCCAGACCUCGUCCGGCUGGAGCAGCUUUGCUGUCAUUGGCGGCGUUGCCGUCUUUGCCGGCGUUGGAUUUGUGGGCUAUCGCGCCCUGAAGCGCAACGGCCGCAACGGAAGGGUGGCUCUCCUCGGAUGAGCGCCAUCAUACGUUGUCGAGCUGCGGUGCAUCUCGGCCGACCUCAUGACACGGCUUUGCCCCUUUGACCUGGUUACCUAUAGCCCUGGGAUGGCACCCCUCUCAUUUCGAUACUCGUAUUACUCGCCGGUUGCUCGUAAAUCCCUAGAUCGAGCUGCGUGUCGCUCUCCCCUCCUAUUUUCCGCUCGCUUCCAUCACUGCUGUCCGCCCCCUCUUCUUCUGGGAUGUCCCAUGGGCGUCAGUCACUGGCAGUGAAGAAAAUGAAACAGUUGUCGCCCACGGUA